AUGUCGCGUGCGCGCGAUCUCCGAGCCUUCCAACAGCAGACACCACCCAAUGCCCAACCGAGUGAAUCAGCAAGGCCUCAGCAAGGUUUUCGAUCACCGGCUUCACUCACGUCUGCCCAUGACUUCCGAGAGCGAGAAGACCCAUCCCUGCCCCCUGGUUCGGCACCGCCCAUGAGACCACAACGCAGUGCUGCCCGACAACCUGGUAUCAUCGUCAGUAAUCCAUCCUCUGUCGCAAACUCAAGUGGAACCAAGCAUUCCUCACCAGCACCACCUCAAGGUGCCCCCUAUGAAGCUCGCUACCAACACACUCGUGGCCGUUCCGAUUCCUCUAACCGACUAGCUAGCACCAACCUUCCUCGCCCAACGCCUAGUGGGAGCAGCAACAAACUUUAUCAAGCCAUCAAUAGUCGACCGGACAUGGCACGUGCCCCCAAUUCAACUUCAAGAAUACCAGAAAAUGGGAAUGGUUACCUUGAUCGAAAUUAUCGAGCACGAGAUGACGGUUAUCCUUCUGAGCCUCGCAACCGUCUUUUGAAUGAUAAUGAGCAACGUCCAUCAACUGCUUCUUCCACUGGAUCAUUUGAUAACGAGGGAAACCGUGACUUAUUAUCAGCAAACGAUCUGAGAGAUGCCAAGAGGAUGCAUGGCGCCCGCAAUAUCAUCGAAGCCUUCUCAACUCAAGCUGAUAAACGAUCUAAUCAGAAAGCACGUACUGUUCGCAGUCCACCUCCCAUGGAUCAAUCCGAAUCUCGCAUGAUUCCCAGCAUGUUCCACGAUCAAUCAUAUCCCCGCACACCCGGCUUUGGAGAGAUCGAACGAGUACUCCAGAAAAUUAAGCUUUCCUGGGAUGCUACCGGAAUUGCCGGAUCCUCGAACCAGGAUGGACCAUUUGGAUACUCGGUUACUUCUUCUACUACCGUCCCCUUUUCAGCCGUUGGCCUAGCCUUAGACCUCCUAGACAGCGAGAAUCCGGAGCUCGCAAAGUCUGCGAGUAGAGCCAAGGAUAUGAUCAAUAAGAAGGGUGGCAUGGUACCUUCACUAUCAGCAUUUCUUCAACUCAAAGCCGAACUUGAGAAGGCCUUACAAUUGACGAUCCAGGGAAAUUACCGCCAAUUCGACGCAUCAGUCAAUUGUUACAAGCUUGCCAAAGUUAGUGUCGAUAGCAACUAUAAGAAGGUGGCUGAGCUCAAAUCGAAAUUGGUGGAAUGUAGGGCUACCUUAGGCAAUGGUAGCCCAUCAUCAGCCUUCAACAACGCCGUGGGUGGAAAAGGGACCGAAAUGAAAGUACUUCAAGCAAGAAGGGAGGUACUGCGGGAAAUGCUGAAACUGAUGGAUACCAUUGAACGGCUGAAGCAAGUGCCUGAAAGGCUCGAAGGCUUGAUAUCAUCCAAAAGUUUUCUAUCUGCAACUGUCCUCCUGGUAAGGUCCUUGAAGGUUAUUAACAAGCCCGAGCUAGCUGAAAUUGGUGGUUUGAGCGACUUACGGAGUUAUUUGGUCAAUCAAGAAUCUGUGAUGUUCGAGAUGUUGAUCGAAGAAUUGCACAAUCACCUGUACCUCAAAAACUACUUUUGCAACUCGAAGUGGCGGGCCUAUCGACCAGGUCAAGUUACCCUGCCAGUAAUUCAGACACCCGAUGAGUCAGCUACAGCCCCCUUUGGUUUCUCUUUUGACUCGGAUCCCACAGCCGCUCAUCCAUCAUCGUAUCAUGCUUCAGCGUCAUCUAGACAGCACAAAAACACGGAAAACUGCAAUGGGCCCUCUAGCCCAAUACCUUACCUGCGAAAUUACUUAAACGACCUCAUGACACAGCCACAAUCAAAUCCACUCGUAGAAGAAGCUGAUCUCUUUUUAGAGCUUUCUUCUACGUCUCUUCACUCUGAAAUGGGCACUGAACACGCCCGGAAGGUGUCCACAUCGACUGGUGGAAUGGCCGCCAACAAGCGAAGAAACCAGUCCGCCAAUCCUGAACUAGAUUCGUUCAAGUAUAUCGAGAGUUUGAUUGAAAGUUUCGCCGUUCUUGGAAAACUCAGUCUAGGUCUUGAUACCGUCCUUCAACGGGUUCCUGUCGAAGUUUAUACACUGGUCGAGAGUACUUUGAAUGAAGUUGAUGAAAGACACGAGAAUACGAAACGAUUCUUUCGAUCCUCAUCUACGAACAAAAACGCUUUGAAGAGCAACAUGAACAUGAUUGUCUUGAUGAUUACCACCAGUCAAGCAUCACCGCCUGGAAACCCAGAGCUGAAGUCCACGUCUAUUCGGGCAAAUCAACGGUUCUCUCUAUUCAAACUAAAUAAUAACGAGUUGAGGGAAUUAGAAUCGGUCAUUCACAUCCUUCAAGACUUUUUUUGGACACUUUAUUCUAAGUUUGACGCCACCUUACAGUCUUUCAGAGUCCUCCACGAGGUCUCCUUGCGGAUCAGUGAACGGAAGAGUUUCAAAGAAGAAGGCAUGGAAUCUAACUUGGUUUUGUUUUCAUUACUAGAGGUUUGGAAACCUAUCCAGAGUGAAUUGCUAGCGUUGAUCCAUGCGUAUUUGACGGAGUCGGGAGACGAUCAGUUUGCAAGUACAGACAAAAUGCAAGCAAACUCGAUCAAUAAAAGUUCUGCGACUACUUCCACCACUCGAAACCCGAUGGCAUCUAUCGCAGAGGUCCUGAAAAUCGGCCUUGGUGGAACCACUUCGACAAGUAAUGCGAAUACGGCCUGGAAAGAUUCGAACAAACAACUGUUCAAAUUCAAGGAUGCAGGUGCCAAGCAAACACAGAAGGAUUUCAAGGCACACGAGGCCAAUUUAUAUUCGGCUUUGAAGGUCUCCGUGCCUGGAUUGGUGCUCGAUUCAACAGCUUCAAAUCUCCAAGCAAAUGGCGCAGUGGUGUUGACAACCGGGGUGAUGAUGACCGAUGACAACUCGGGUGCACGUGGGAACAGUACUCAUAAGUUGCUAGUCCAGCCGGACGCAUUCCAUAUCGCCCACUUAUUCAAGCCGACCUUAGAGUUUCUGAAACGGGCCAAGGAAGUCUUGCCGAGUGGUGUGGUCAUGGUCUCAAAUGAUGACCCCUCACAUUCAUCUGCUCCCAUCUCUGGGGCUGAUGAAACCGGUCUCACUUCUAUCACGCGUGAGGAUUGGGACGAGAAUGCCCAGAUGAAUCUGGCCCAAUUCGGUGGAUUUUCGGGGUUCCUAGACGAGUUUGUUUUACACACUUUUCUACCUCAACUAGAGGAAAAAGUAAUUUAUAUGUUCGAACACUCGGUCAAUGCACCUGAUGCAUUUCAAGACGACACAUCUCAGCAACAUGAAACUAACGCGCCGGCCAUUAACUCAGUAUCAAACCGACAGAAGCAGAGUUCGCAUGUGCCCAUUGCCAAAUCACUUCGAGCUAUAGUGGCACUAAUUGAAUGUCUAGUCGGCUUGCUGCAAUCCACGUCAUUUCAUCAAGAGAAGUAUGGCCGACUGAUGAUCAGUAUCGUGGUGCAAUAUUAUCAAAAGUGUCUCGAACGCUUUAAAGAGUUGGUCGUUCGAGAAUCGACGGAAACUGCAGCAACAAUAGAUGAGACUAACCCUCACGCAAAUCUCAAGCUUGCAGCCGAUUGGGCUCAGAAACCAGAAAUCAUCAAGCAUUUGAACCUAUUGAAGUCUUCGACAGACAAAAACAGUACGAAAAAGCUACUGAAGAAGCUGUGCAAGAGAGAGGAACGAUGCCUGACGUCUCGAGCUGAUUUAGCGCCGAUUGAUUUAAUCCAGUCUUCUAAGAAAGUUGCCGCGUUGGCUCAUCUUUACAACACUCUACUAUCAUUUAUGUCUUUUAUUCGCCGACUGGGUAGUACAGUCAAACCAAUCCCAGAUGCAGAAGGGGAAUCCCGUCUCGAGAUUGACCAAUUGGAGGCCGAAUGGUCCAAAGAGUUCGGACCCUCAGCCAAGAAAGCAAGCUUUCAGAUGCCUUUGACCCAUUCAUUGAUGCGGCGAUUUCAAAUGGUCCACCGGUCAUUCUCUGCUUUGGCACAAACGAUCAUGUUCACGAUGCAUCUCGAACUUCGAUUGGAAACCUACUAUCACAUCCAGCAAACGUUUGUGCGAGGAAAUUACUUCUUGAGUCGCUCAGAUUCAAUCGAGCCGGAUGCGAAGAUCAUCGAACUCAACAGCCUGAUCAGCAGUUAUUCGGAAAGCUCGAUCCUCAAGAAUCUCGUGCGAACUGAAGAUCGAAGGUUCCCUUUUCUUGGCCUCGUCAACCUUAUUGACGAUCUAAUGAUAUCGAAUGUUAAGAAACUCUCGCUCGCCAACGAGAUCGGGUUUAAGAAGUUGGCCAAAAACGCGAUCGCUCUCCAACAAAAUAUGAAAUCGGUCCUGUUAAGUAACCGUCUCCUCUAUCCUCAAGAACCAUCAAACGAUCUUCAGAUGGAUUCGAAUAUUAUUUUGCCCAUCGAUGCAAAAUCAUCUCUCACGCUUGAUCUGAAUUUUGAGAGGUGCAGGAAGUUUUGGGAGAUUGCUUCCAAGGGUCCUCAGGCGGUGAUGGGAUCGAUCCGAAGGGGAGAUAACUACAAAUUCGAAGAAUAUCGACAACUGCUAGAGUUGCUCUGUCUGAACGACAGGAGCCCGGCGGCGGCCCGGACGUCAUCUGUGAUCGGCCACCAGCACGUGGAUGAAACCCAACGCAAUAGCACGCGACAGGAUGAUACCGAGUCGAGUAGCAGAGCUUCGCUGAAGUUCCCAGACGAUUUUCACGACCACACUAGCCCGUCAAUCGAGAAGCGUAAACGGAUCUACAACGAGUGUCUUAUUGAACUGCAUGCGCUGGGUUCUACCAACAAGCAGGCGAAUGCCCUUCGUGAUCAGACCGUCCAUUCUGAUCAUCCGGAAUAA